AUGGCAAGCCUAGAUGCUGCAAAUUUUCCUAACAUUACCACUGAUCAAUUUGCUCUUCUUGCCUUAAAAGCUAGUAUUUCUUAUGAUCCUCACAGUGUUUUGACAAACAACUGGUCUACUGGCACCACUGUUUGUAAUUGGAUUGGUAUCACUUGUGGUUUUCGUCAUCAUCGAGUCACGGCCUUGAACCUUUCUUACAUGGGUCUCGUAGGCACCAUUCCACCACACAUAGGAAACCUUUCAUUUCUUGUUAGCCUAAGUGUCAUAAACAAUAGUUUUCAUGGAUCUGUGCCAAAUGAGUUGGCUCAUCUUUACCGGUUGCAUCGCUUAUCUUUAGAGUUCAAUGACUUCAGUGGAGAAAUUCCAUCAAGGAUGGGGCUCUUAUCCAAACUUCAAUUUUUAUCUCUAGUUGGUAACAGUUUCACAGGCGGUAUUCCACCAUCUUUAUGUAACAUAUCUUCAUUGGAGACAAUAAGUUUUGGCGGAAACAAGCUUUCGGGCUCCAUUUCUUUGUUCAAGUGCAAACGUCUGCAAUAUUUAUCUUUACAGUCUAACUAUUUUACUGGAAGCGUACCUUCAGAAAUUGGAAACUUAACCAUGCUCACAAAGUUAUACCUCGACAACAACAACUUUAGAGGUAUGUUUAGUCAUGUUUUAGUUGAUUGA